CAUCGAUUGACGAAGAGAGGCUCACUUGUGCUCAGCUCUUUAAUGUUCCCGUGUUUUGCUGUUUGACUGGAGAUUCUUUUGGGAAUUAGUUUUUCUGCAAAGCAGACCGAAACGGUGGAGGAACGGUAACGCUUUCUACAUGAUAAGCGUCACCGUCGCUGCUCAAGGGAAGCCGAAACGAUUAUUUGGAGGAAAUUUCAGAGCAUACGGCAGCGGUCGCCUUUCAAUAUGUGAACUAGAAAAAGACCCAAACGCCUUGAAAAGCGAUGAAAAAAAAUUCUCAUCUUCAACGGUCAAGGUUUUCUUAUUUGUGAACAAACUUUUCGAGCUGCUCACAACAAUUCUUCAUUAUUGCAUGCCGUACUUGUUCACACAGAAACAGCAGUGGUAUCGUCCAGCUGUGCAAAAAGAGGAAAUAAUUGUAGAGCCGAUUGCUCAGGAUUUUGAAAGCCACAUUCUGGCAGAUGUAUUCAAGUAUUUGGAUAUUGAUGACCUGUUGAAUUGUAAAUUGGUAUGCUGGAAAUGGAACGCUACAAUUGGAGAAAAUGCGUCCGAACUUGCUAGAACCAGAACUGACCAGAUAAGAAUUUUGUUCGAUGAAGGCGAAGUUGUGGUAUAUCCAAUUGACGAAAAGAGAUGUCCAGUCAGGCAUCCGCUUCCACCAUUACAGGUUCUCCGAAACCGGCUGCGCCAUUUAACCACACAAUCUUUAUUUGUCCGUGGCUUGAUUCCGGUGGAAUCCGGCCCAGUUUUACGGUUACUUUUAAGCUUGACACUUCAACCACAACAAAUGUAUUUUAUCUGGAGCAAGUUUUCAGCUGAUUCCAUAUUUUUGUUUGAAGAACUGGUAAAACAAAACUCAGAUACUGUAACAGACUUUGGACUAGAGGAAUGUUCCCCUUCACAUCUACUCACUGAUCGUCUUCUCUCGCCAAUUCUGAAAAAUUUAACAUCUCUCCGUUUGUGGAACAACGGGAAAGGAUCACAUUAUGGUGUGACGGAUGACACGCUAAUUCGAAUCAACGACGCAAUUCUAAAUGGAUCUCCAGUGGAAACCAUUGAUCUAGGCACAUGCUUCCUAUCAAGUGAAGCUGUAUCCCAAAUUGUGCAAAGCUGGGAGCAAACUUCAACCAGCGACUUGACCAUCAUGUUGAGUCAUUGUUAUCCGGUCAACAAACCGGAUGUGAUCCGACUUCUACAGGAUCGUAAUAUCACACUGAAGAAAAAUCAACAAUUACAUUCCAAGAACCAUAUGCUGACACUUGUCUGUUAAUGAAGAUUAUAAUAAAGAAUCAACACGUUA